AUGUCAAAUGCGAAGGCUGUUACUACUCCAAUGAACGCUGCAGGAAAGCUCACGAAAGAAUUAGCACCGCAGACACCGGAAGAGAUUGAACGAAUGAAAGUGAUGCCAUACCAGGAGGCUGUUGGGUGUUUGAUGUACUUGGCACAGUGCACCAGACCAGACAUCCUUUUCGCCGUGAACCUAAUGAGUCGAUUCAACACGAAUCCUGGACUGAGACACUGGGAAGCCGUUAAGCAUAUUUUCCGGUACCUUAAAGGUACAUCGAAGAUGAUGUUGCAGUAUUCUGUAACCGGUGAUUCAAAGCUGAUAGGUUAUACCGAUGCGGAUUGGGCAUCCGAUCUCGACGACAGACGAUCUACGAGUGGAUACGUGUUUGUCAUGCAAGGCGGAGCAGUAUCUUGGAGCUGUAGGCGUCAAACCACCGUAUCACUAUUAACCUUGCGAAGCGGAGUACAUGGCCCUAUCUGCUACGGUACAAGAGGCGUCAUGGUGGCGAGGACUGGUGUCGCAGUUCGGUCAAGAUGA